AUCAAGUUUUUGCUGACACUCAUGUAGACUGCUGAAUGGUUUCUCAAGAAGUUUCUCAGUGUUUUUUUUGAACAGAUUUCCUUCAUUCUUAUUCAAAUGAACUACUGAAAACAGAAAACUCUGCCUCUUUUUUUCUCAAAACCCGUAAGUGGUUUUUCAUUGUCUAUAAACCAAAGCCUUACCUUGGCAUCCCUUUCUUGUCAAAUAGAACUAUUCACUAGUCCCAAAAUGUGCAUUCCCAAAGCCUUCUUAUUUCUGCAUCUUUGCCAUUCUGUUUUCUUUGCAUCCCUUUUCUUUCCAUCUGUUUUGCGUAGAUUGUACCCAGGGACCAGUUUAAUAGCCAUUUGGUGUCAGAUAACCUUACUUGGUUUCAGCUACAAGCAGUCUGCAUCUCUUAUAAUCAUUCUUGAUAAUUGUCUCUAAUCAUCUUGUUUCUCAGGCUUUAAGCUUCUGGAGGGGAGAAACCAUGUCUCAUACUUUUGCAUCCCUCUGUUACAAAGUUAUGGUGUGUUCUUGUUAAACAUACAGGGGAUGGAUGGAUGCAGCCCCUGAGAAAGAAAAAGGCAUUGCUGGCUCUGAAGAAGCAAAGUAGUAGCAGCACAGCCAGCCAAGGCGGAGUGAAACGCUCACUGUCAGAGCAGCCUGUGGUGGACACAGCCACAGCAACAGAGCAGGCAAAGCAGCUGGUGAAGUCAGGAGCCAUCAGUGCCAUCAAAGCCGAGACCAAGAACUCGGGCUUCAAACGUUCUCGAACCCUAGAGGGGAAGUUAAAGGAUCCUGAGAAGGGGCCAGUCCCCACUUUCCAGCCGUUCCAAAGGAGCAUAUCUGCCGAUGACGAUCUGCAGGAGUCAUCCAGACGCCCCCAGAGGAAAUCUCUGUAUGAGAGUUUUGUGUCUUCCAGUGAUCGGCUUCGGGAACUGGGGCCAGAUGGGGAAGAGGCAGAGGGCCCAGGGGCUGGUGACGGUCCCCCUCGAAGCUUUGACUGGGGCUUUGAAGAACGUGGUGGUGCCCGCUCCUCAGCCUCUCCUCCCCGAAGCCGCAGCCGGGACCACAGUCGUGAGCGGAACCGGGACAGAGACCGAGAUCGGGAACGGGAUCGAGACCGUGAUCGGGAACGGGAUCGAGACCGUGAUCGGGACAGGGACCGCGAUCGGGACAGGGACCGCGAUCGGGAAAGGGACCGCGAUCGGGACAGGGACCGUGAUCGAGAACGAGAGGGCCCUUUCCGCAGGUCGGAUUCGUUUCCUGAACGCAGGGCCCCUCGGAAGGGGAAUACUCUCUAUGUAUAUGGAGAGGACAUGACGCCCACCCUUCUCCGUGGGGCCUUCGCUCCCUUUGGAAACAUCAUUGACCUCUCCAUGGACCCACCCAGAAACUGUGCCUUCGUCACCUAUGAAAAGAUGGAGUCAGCAGAUCAGGCCGUCGCUGAGCUCAAUGGGACCCAGGUGGAGUCCGUACAGCUCAAAGUCAGCAUUGCCCGCAAACAGCCCAUGCUGGACGCUGCCACUGGCAAGUCUGUCUGGGGCUCCCUCGCUGUCCAGAACAGCCCUAAGGGUUGCCACCGGGACAAGAGGACCCAGAUUGUCUACAGCGAUGAUGUCUACAAGGAAAACCUUGUGGAUGGCUUCUAAGGAAUGGAGCUGGAUUCCGUGUGCCUCAUCUGCAUCAGCACUGGUCUCAGUAAAACACUGAGGUGGAAGCUCACACAUCUUCCUCAGCCUCUGGUUUUUCAGCACUUGGGAUGGGGCUUGAGCCUUUAAAAACGGCUGUUAGAUUUUAUCUCAGUUGUAACACAUGGCCAGUGCACGGUCCCCUCUCCCUUCCCCCAAAAGGAUCUUGAACACAGGUA